AAAUUGUUAAAAUGUUAAUGACAUUUCUAAAAUUCUUAUCACUAAUAAUUUUAUGAUCAAUCAAAAUAGUCCCAAUAUAAUGCAUCUACCUAUCUUUCAAUCUAGUUAAAUCACAUUUUUUCCUUUAAAAGCUGUUUCACUUCUUUCUUUCCACAGCUACUUAGCUGUGAUCGUGCUAUGACCCCUGAUACCAAAAUGACAGAUUAAUCAUGGUUGCCUUUUAUAUUAUAUGAAAUUUGCUAGGAGGUUGGAGCACUUAAUAAACUGUGUUCCUCAUGUGUUGACUCCUAAGAUUGACAUGGCAAAAAAUUCUUAGAGUGUCAUUUUAAUCAACAUAAAUGGGUCAGGUUGCAUCGCGGAUCUUCCGUUAUAGUUUUAUCUGCAGUGUUGUGCAGUUUGCACCUUUGCACAUUGUGACAAGCGUUGGUUUCAGAAUGACUCCAUAACAAAAUUUUGCAAAACAACUGAAAUUUUUUAGGCUGUUUGCCUGUUACAAUUUACAUAAAAGAGUCGAAUAGUAUAUAUUUAUCAACGUUGAUAUGUCAACAAAAUUAUUAACAUGAAAUAUUGAUUUGGCAUUGGGAAUCAAAUUCAGUGUGGACUUCUCUCUCUCUAACCUCAUCUGCUAUUUUUUUUAAAUAAAAAAUAUAAGAUGUAUAUUGACAAGGUAUCAAAUCAGGGGUACCGCUCAUGUACAAAAAAUUUACAAAAUUGUUAAAAUGUUAAUUACGUUUUUAAAACUUUUAUCACUAAUAAUUUCAUGAUCAAUCAAAAUAGUCCCAACAUAAUGCAUACACCUAUCAUUCAUUCUAGUUAAAUCACAUUUUUUUUCCCUCAAAAGCUCUUUUAUUUAUUUUUUUCCACAAAACCUAAAAGACAGUCAGUUGGAUUAAGUUAGCUAUUUUCCUUUUAAUAUGUAGACCUUACCAAGCCAACCCUUCCUCACAAACCGUACCCACCAUAACCAAUUUGAUUCCCAGCAAACCAUAAAUCAUACUCCAAAGAUCAUACGUUGUUGGACACCAUAAGAGAAGAUGAUUGCAAGAUUCCUCAUCCUGUAGGCAGAGAUGACAGCCAUUCUAAAAUCAGGCCCCUUAGCUUUAAUUUAUCAAGAGUGAGUAUCUUUCCCCAACAAGCUUCCCAAGCAAAAAAAGCAACACGCGAGGGAACCUUUGUUUUUCAAAUUUGCUUCCAGGGAAAAUUGUUGAAACCCCCAGUAGCCUCAUUUUCUAGAAACAGAUAGUAUCAGGGGACAGAAAAAAUCAUCUGCUAGUAAAGCAGUGAUGACGAUCAUUUGUUUCUAUUUUAAUAAUGUUAGGGUCUAAUUCCGUUGGUAUUCAUAUGGUUGACACAGGUGCAAAGCAUCUUAUUCAAGUUGGUCUUGGUGAUGAUGACCAAUGCAUUGAGGAUGAUUUCUCUGCAUGGAAAGAAUUGCUAUGGCCUGAGUUAGACAAGAUACUCCGAGAUGAGGAUGAUGCAAACACUGUAUCCACGCCGUAUACAGCUGCUAUUCCUGAAUAUCGAUUGGUCAUUCAUGAUCCUGCUACCGUAUCAUGUGAGGAUACUUCCUCAAGCAUGCCAAAUGGGAAUGCUUCUUUUGAUAUUCAUCACCCAUGCCGAGUAAAUGUUGCCAUUCAAAGAGAGCUUCACAAACCUGAAUCUAAUAGGUCCUGCAUACAUUUGGAAUUUGACAUAUCAGGGACUGGUAUUACAUAUGAAACAGGAGACCAUGUGGGUGUUUAUGCUGAGAAUUAUUCUGAAACUGUUGAAGAAGCAGGGAGAUUGUUGGGUCAACCUCUAGACCUGGUGUUCUCUGUACAUACAGACAAUGAAGAUGGCACACCCCGUGGAUGUUCAUUGCCCCCACAUUUCCCUGGUCCCUGCACACUUCGUACUGCAUUAGCACGAUAUGCAGAUCUCUUGAACCCUCCUCGGAAGGCUGCUUUGAUUGCUUUGGCUGCACAUGCCACCGAGCCGAGUGAAGCAGAAAGACUCAAGUUUUUAGCUUCACCUCAGGGGAAGGAAGAGUACUCACAAUGGAUUGUUGCAAGUCAGAGGAGUCUUCUUGAGGUGAUGGCUGAGUUCCCAUCAGCAAAACCUCCGCUUGGUGUGUUUUUUGCAGCAAUUGCCCCUCACUUACAACCUCGUUAUUACUCGAUUUCAUCCUCGCCAAGAUUUGCUCCCUACAGAGUUCAUGUAACCUGUGCAGUGGUUUAUGGUCCAACUCCAUCUGGUAGAAUCCAUAGAGGUGUUUGUUCAACCUGGAUGAAGAAUGCUGUGCCUCUGGAGAGCUCAGCUCCAAUUUUUAUCAGGCCAUCAAGUUUCAAGUUACCAACCAAUCCUUCAAUUCCGAUAGUUAUGGUGGGGCCUGGAACUGGCUUGGCACCUUUUAGAGGGUUUCUACAGGAAAGAAUGGCCCUGAAAGAAGUCGGUGCUCAACUCGGUCCCGCUUUACUCUUCUUUGGAUGUAGAAAUCGGCGAAUGGAUUUCAUUUAUGAGGAUGAGCUCAAUAAAUUUGUGGAGCAAGGUGUGAUCUCUGAGCUAAUUGUUGCAUUCUCUCGAGAGGGACCACAAAAGGAGUAUGUUCAACAUAAGAUGAUUGAUAAAGCAGCAUAUAUGUGGAGCCUAAUUUCCAAGGAAGGAUAUCUUUAUGUGUGUGGGGAUGCCAAGGGCAUGGCAAGGGAUGUUCAUCGCACCUUGCACAACAUUGUUCAGGAGCAGGAAAAUGUAGACUCUUCAAAAGCAGAGUCUAUCGUCAAGAAACUUCAAAUGGAGGGAUGGUAUCUCAGAGAUGUCUGGUGAUAGUUCCUGAAUAUCAUUUUCUUCUAAGGUUCUCUACAACACCCUAGCCAUAUUACUGCAAUGGGUUCCACCAAGUCUUUUUUGCUUAAGCUUCUUUUAGUGGUCAUUGCAGCCGUUCCACAGGACGGAGCAGAUUGAAAUGGCAAUGUUGGAAGCUGAAUUUGGUUUCCUUCCAAAGAGUAACAUGAUUUAUUAGAUGUUUUUUUUCUUUUUAAUUUAAAGUAGGUGGAUAAUUUGUUUUUUUACACUUUAUUUUAGUAAUUGAACCAUCGAGUAGGGAACAGCGCGGUAGGUCAAAAGCAUAUACUAGCAGAUGACUUUGUUAUUCUGUACAGUCAUUCCAUGAUUCUCUGUCUCUCUCUCUCUAUCUCUUUCUCCUCCCUGUUCAAGGAUGGUCUUUAGUGUUGUUAAUGGUGAUAAUGAAGAGGGAGUUGGAUUAUGGUCUUAGUCAGAUAAAGAAAAUAUUUUGAGGCUGUUUUAGAUUUUUUUUUUUUUUUUUUCUUUUUAGUUGAGCCUUAAGUUGGUUUUUAGGGUAUGCUUCUGACAAUUGAGUUUUACUUAUGUAGGAUUCAUUUGGAAAUUUAUACAUAGUUCAACAA